AUGGCUGGGGACAGCGGGAUGGCCGGGAACGUGGCGCUGCUGCUGUGGGCCCAGACCCUGCUCCUCGCUGGCACCCAGACCACCCAGGUCCUGCUGGAGCCCCCCUGGACCCCGGCAGUGCAGUGGGACCGGGUGACCCUGACCUGCCAGGGCUCGGGGACCCCCGGGGCCACCUCCUGGUACAAGAAUGGGCUGCUCUUGAGGGAGAAGAAACAGGACCGGUUCCUUGUCACCGAUAGCGGCAUCUACAAGUGUCACAGACCCGGCACUGGAUUCAGCCCCUCCAUCUCCCUCUCCCCUGGUGCAGCAGGACCCCCCUGUCCCCCAGACUGGCUGGUGCUGCAGGUCCCGGCGAGGGAGCUGCUGGAAGGGGACAGUGUGACACUGCGUUGCCGGCGCUGGUGGGACUUGCGGCUCACCGGGGUGCGGUUUUACCACGAGGGGAAGGAGCUGGGAGGGCCCCUGCGGGGGUCCGAGCUGUCCCUCCCCCUGCAGCUGCACCACGGCGGCCGCUACCGCUGCGGGGGCUGGGUGGGCUCCGGGUUUUCACCGUGGAAGGAGUCGGCGCCGGUGACAGUGACAGUGCACGAGCUCUUCCCGGUGCCGGUGCUGGAGGGUCCCCCUGAGCCCACCGAGGGGUCCCCCCUGAAUCUCAACUGCCUCAGCCCCCCCAGCCCCCUGCGGCCCCGAGCCCCCCUCCUGCACCUCUUCUACCGGGACGGGGUGCUGGUGGGGGGCCCGCAGGGGUCCCCCCAGCUCCACCUGCCCGCCGUGGGGGUCUCCCACUCGGGGAAUUACACCUGCGAGGUGCGCUCCGAGGGGGGGGCGGUGCGGAAGAGCAGCGCCCGGCUCCGCGUCACGGUGCGCAGGAUCCCAAUCUCGGAGGUGUCCCUGUCGGCGCAGCCCCCCGGGGGGCGGGUGGCACUGGGUGACCUCCUGGUGCUGAGCUGCGCGGUGGCCGCGGGGACAGGUCCCCUGUCCUUCUCCUGGCACCGGGGGGGCUCGGCCGUGCCGCUGGGCACCGGCCCCCGCCUCGAGCUGCACGCUGGGGACGAGGACAGCGACCACUACCAGUGCCGGGUCACCGACGGGGACAGCGCGGCCGAGAGCCCCCCGCUGCACGUCACCGUGCUGGUGCCCGUGGCCGAUGCCACCAUCACCCCCGGACCCCCGUCCCUGCAGGUGGGCACAGGUGACCCCGUGACCCUGCGCUGCUCGGGGCAGGUGGGCUCAGCCCCCGGGACCUUCCCGGGCUGCGGGACGGUCCCUGCCACCAGGAAGUCCCAGGACAGGGCCCCAGAGGAGGGGGAGGGGCUGCACCCCCACGUCACGGCCCCCGAGCGGGCUGGGGGGUGUCCCCGAGGGUCCUCCUGCACCUCCUCCCCCCGGGACCCCCGGGUCAUCUACGCGAAGCGACCAAGACCCCACAGGACCCGGCGGGUCCCAAACAACAUCUACGAGAACCUGCCGUGA